AUGACAUCAUAUAAUAAUCUAGAUAUACCCACAACACCAAAGAAAAAUACAGAGAAUAAACGAUACACUGAAUCUAAGAUUCCAUCUCCAUCUAGAAUUCCAUCUCCUAAAUAUUUCAAUAGUAGAAACAAUUCUCCAAAUUCAUCGGUCUCCUCUUCAUCCACAUCAGCGUCUGGAACAGCAGCAAGUGGAUCAACAAUGAAUGACAAAGAACUUAUACUUCAUACUAAAUCUUCAAUAUCAAAUAAGUCUCAACAACGACAUUCCUCCACGUUAAACUCUUUUUAUAACGAAAAUGUCAAGCAUUUAAAUAAACUAAAUGACGAAAUGGUAAGCAAGAAAAUAAAAUUACAAGAACUAAAACAACAAAGAGAUGAAUUAAAUGCUAAAUGCGAGGAUGAUUUGAAUUUGACGGUUGAGAGUUUGAAGAAAAUUUUGAUAAAUAAAAAACAGCAAUAUAAAAGCUUGAAAUUUGAAAUAGAUCAGAUCAGUGAAAACUGGGAAUCUAAAUUAAAUUGCAUUCAAACAAGCUAUACUUUGAAAAUAGAAAAAUUAAAAGCUGAUCAAUGGACACAAAAAACCAAAUUUUUGAAAGAAUACGAAUCAAAGGAACAAGAAGCAAGGGAAAAAUAUCAAAAUGAUAAAAAAUUAUUGCAGAAUAAAGUGGAUAUGUUAAAAAAAGAAAUCAAGAAGGUUGAGCUUGAGCUUAAAGAAAAUGAAGAUUAUAAAUCUAAAGAGAAUGACUUAAAGUUAGAAUUCAAUCAUGAAAAAGAACAUUUUUUAAAAGCCAUGAAAUUGAAACAGGAAGGUAUUUUAAAGGAAAAUGAAAGAAUUAGUAUAAACACAUAUUCGCUUCAGAAUGAAAUCAACAAUAAGUUACAAUCCAGGUAUGAUCAAUUAUGCCAUGAUACUGAAUAUUUAGAGCAAGAAAUAACAACCAUCACUCAGGAAAUCGACAUUCAAAAUAAAGACCAUAGCGGAUUGUUAGAGGAAUAUGAAAGCAUUCAGUUAGAAACUAAAAAAAUGGAGGGAAAAUAUGAGGAAAUGGGAGACUACGUGACCAAAGCGACAAAGGAAUUACAGGACAUUAAUGAGAUUAUAAUAAAAGAAGAGGCUAUCAGAAGGAAAUUACACAAUCAACUACAAGAAAUGAGGGGGAACAUAAGAGUAUUUUGUAGAAUAAAGCCCAUGGACGAUCCAAAUUUUCAUAUAAGUGUGUUACCACUAGAUACCAAGGAUGGCACCCAAAAAUUAUUAUUAAAUGGUGAGAAUACUAAUUUUAAUGCCAAUGUGGAAUUCAAAUUUGACAGGAUAUUCACUAAAAAAGAUACCAACUCUCAAGUUUUUGGAGAGGUUUCUCAGUUGGUGCAAAGUUCUUUGGAUGGGUACAGUGUUUGUAUUUUUGCCUAUGGUCAAACAGGGUCAGGUAAAACAUAUACAAUGCUUCAUGAAAAAGAUGGUAUAAUACCGAUGACUUUAAAACAUAUAUUUGAAUGGAUUGAUAAAUUAAAAGAAUCAGGUUGGCAAUAUAAAGUUACCACACAAUUUGUGGAAAUAUAUAAUGAGCAGAUUUGUGAUUUAUUGUCAAAUAAAAGACAGAGCAUAGCAGGCAGCCCUAGUAAAAAUAAAAUUGAGAUUAGAAACACUCCAGAUGGUAAGACUUUACUAACCAAUUUAGUGACUGAAAAAAUCGAAAACAUAGAGGAUGCACACCGUUUAUUGCAAAAAGCCCUGAAAACGAGGACAACGGCUGCCACUAAUGCAAAUGAUCAUUCUUCACGUUCCCAUUCAAUUUUCAUCAUAAACUUACACGGAAUUAAUGAUAUUACUGAGGAGUAUUGUGAUGGUAUAUUAAAUUUAGUUGAUUUAGCUGGUAGCGAAAGAUUAAAUAGUUCCCUAGUGACUGGUGAUAGAUUAAGAGAAACACAAAACAUUAAUAGAUCCCUAAGUUGUUUAGGCGAUGUUAUACAUGCAUUGGGGGAGAAAAAAAGUAAGCAUAUUCCCUUUAGGAAUUCAAAAUUGACCUAUAUGCUACAGAAUUCAUUACUUGGAGACAGCAAAACUUUAAUGUUUGUUAAUGUUUGCGAAAACAAUUAUAAUGAAACAAUUAAUUCCUUACGCUUUGCAUCAAAAGUUUACUCUACGGAAAUGAAAAAGAGACAAACUUAA